AUGGCUGCAAAGGGCCCAGAGUCGACAUUCGAGGCAGUAUCGUCUCCAGCAGAAGCGAAACCUGCCCCCGAAAUCGAACCGCCAUACCACAUCCUGUCGAAGAAGCAGAAGUGGAAUCUGGUCAUCUUCGUCUCGCUGGCAGGCGCCUUCUCCCCUCUAUCCUCCAACAUCUACUUCCCUGCCCUUGAUACGAUAUCCAAAGACCUCGGCGUCAGUGCUACGCUAACAUCCCUGACCAUCACUGUGUACAUGAUCGUCCAGGGCAUUGCUCCCUCGCUCUUCGGCGCACUGUCCGAUUCCUCCGGUCGCCGCCUUACCUUCACCGUCAGCCUGACCAUCUAUACAGCGGCUAAUCUGGCCCUUGCCUUCACCUCCAAUUAUGCAAUGCUCAUGGUUCUUCGAGGCGUGCAGGCCGCGGGAUCCGCAGCCACCAUUAGCAUCAGUGCAGGGGUGAUCGCGGACAUCGCCUGUCCACAAGAGCGUGGUGGUUUCAUGGGGACGAAUGCUGGUAUUCGCAUGUUGGGACAGGGGAUUGGCCCAGUCAUCGGAGGACUCCUAAACGACGCCUGGGGGUUCAGAAGCAUCUUCUGGCUGCUAUUUGUGAUGAGCGCAAUCGUACUCGGUGCACUCCUCGUCUUCCUACCCGAAACCCAGCGCAGCAGGGCCGGGAACGGCAGUGUUCCUCUAUCGGGUUUCCAUAAACCGCUGGCCUACGCCUUCAAACCGCCGAUGGCCUGGACUCAACCCUCCGGUACAGCAAGUCCACCGAAGCCUCACACUCCAAUGAACCUCAAGAAAGCUUUCAGUCCGCUGGCUUACAUUCUUGAAAAGGACAUCGCCACGCUCCUUGCCUGGGGUGCCAUCGCCUACACGGCCUGGAGCAUGGUGACCUCCUCCACGACCUCCAUGCUCCUCCUCGGCUUUCCGGACCUCACGCAGUGGCAAAUCGGCGUAUGCUUUCUUCCCAACGGCGUGGGCUGUAUGGCCGGUUCCCUCAGCACAGGCUGGCUGCUUGACCAAGGUUUCCGCAGAGCUGAAACCAAUUUCAAAGCCAAGCACGGCAUCGCCGCCGACGAGCCUAUUGUCCCCGGAGCCCACGGAGAGGAGUUCUCCUAUAUCCAGGCCCGACUUCGCCUGAUGCCUCUCUUCAGCGUUGUGCUGGUCGUCUCCCUGGCGCUGUACGGUCCAAGCUUCGAGUUCAACGAUGCGCGUCGAUACUUUGCGCCCAACCUUGCUGCCCCUCUCGUCCUGCAGUUCCUCAUUGCGUUCACGGCGACAUCGAUCUUCAACAUCAACUCCACCGUCUUGAUUGACUGCUUCCCGGACCGGCCGGCCAGUGCAACAGCGCUGAACAACCUCUGCCGCUGUCUUCUGGGAGCUGCCGGGGUUGCCGCGAUUGAGCCGCUGAUUGGGGCUGUACGGGCAAUGCGAGCAUUCCUCAUCGUGACCGGCAUCGUGGUGUUCUUUACGCCGCUGAUAUGGGUCGAGUGGCGGUUUGGGGAGCAGUGGCGGAAGCAGCGAGAGAAUAGGCUUGCUCAGGCCGUAGCAUAA